GUAACUUUCAUAUUCACACCACACGUUGUACAGUGUAAACUCAAUGCCCAUUUCUUACCCCACAGUUCUUAUAUUCCACAAUAAUUACUGACUCUAAGAUACGAUUCGUGCUUCCGAAAAGAACUUUUAACCAGCAUGCGGGUGUAGUGCCUCGUUCCCCAGCGCUGAGACACUGUAGUCAUCGCAUAAUUUCGUAUCAGGACACUGUCCUGCGUGCCCUGAGACAGUCCUGGUGAGCUUGUGCAAGUUAAUGUUUAGCUGUCCUGUGUAAUAAACGCGAGAGCUGUUCCCCGAGGAGUGUCUACGGUGGAGAUAGCACUGGUGCAGUAACUACUAGAAGUCUUACAACACCUCCGAGAGUGAAAGCGAGAAGUGGGAACCUGCCGUGCACACGAAGAUGGUGCUUCGCUUACUGAUCCAGCUACAGCUGUACCUGAAGGCGCAGUACUGCCGGUUUCUCCGUCAGAAGGUGCUGAUUUCUGUGCUGGCGGCUGCUGCUGUGUAUUUCACACUACACCUCACCUCCAGUGUCAUCACCUUCAGGAGGACGCCGCGGGUGGCCUGGGUACUAGAGCAGCAGGCCGGGAGCUGUAGCCCUCACACCAACAUCGCCUUCCUUAAGACACACAAGUGUGCCUCCUCCACCAUCCAGAAUAUCUUGUUCCGCUACGGCCUGUCCCACCACCUUCUUUUCGGUCUCCCAGAUGCUGGUAACUACUUCGGAGGAGGUUUCUACCCCUUCCACGCUGACAUGUUCAACUUGUCUCCGUGGAGCAAACUGGGCGUCAAUAUUAUGGCUGUACACAUGAAGUGGGACCACCAGCAAGUAGCAAAGGUGAUGCCCAAUGACACUGUCUACAUUACCAUCGUCAGGGAACCAACGGAGUUGUUUGAGUCUCUCUAUGCUUACGCUAAGAUGGACCAGGCGUACAACAUGAUGGUGGAGGACUUCGUGGCGAGUGUUCCUGUGGAGGCGGAAAGACACCGAGGAUUCCUGGGGUACAACCAGAUGGUCUGGGACUUCGGCAUAGCAAAUAAGACUCUCGUUAAUAACCUCACAGCUGUGAGGCAGCUGGUGCAGGAGGCUGAGGAUAACUUCCAACUGGUGAUGGUGGCUGAGAGGAUGGAGGAGUCACUGGUCCUCCUGAGUCACAUCCUCUGCUGGGACCUGAAGGACGUUGUAGCUCUCAAAUUCAACGCCAGGACCUCCAGGUUCAAGAAGAAGUUGAGCAGCGAGACCCUGAAGGUGCUCCGUCAGAAGCUGGCUCCUGACUACUUGCUUUACGAGCACUUCUCCAGUAGGUUUGAGGAGCUUGUGGAAGACUUCGGUAAGGAGCGCAUGGCUAGUGAGGUCUCCAGACUCCAGGCUCUCACCAAGAGUCUGAUGGACACCUGUGGCUUCAUCAAGGAAGAUUCUGUGUUCCUAGCGGGGGCUGAGAAGCCAUGGUCUAACAUGGUGGAAGGCUACGUCGCUAGCUCCGGCAACACCAAGUGUCACCAGUACUCCAGAUCAGAGAUCUCCUUCAUCAACCUGUUGAGAGGGAUACAGAGGGCAGAGGUCUGCAAGAGGUUUGGCGUUCCUGACAUCCCCGGCCUGGACGCUCUUCCUCUAGGCUCCCACCUCUUUGAGAACGUCAACAUGGAAGAGAAUAUCCGGUUGCUCAAGACGCUGCUGGUCCAUGUUAACAACAAAGUGGCCCAUGCUGACAGCGGUGUGGUCCAAGCUGACAGCAGUGUAAAGGGAAGUGUAGUGGACAGAACCACUACAACCAUAUCUCGGGAGACUACGUGAGCCAUACUACCAAGGCUGGAAUAAUUCUCAACUAAAUCAUGACUAGACGAGGCUUCCAUCCAUCCUGCAUCAUUAUCAAGCCACGACUUGAUAAGAAUCAAUUAUUAUUAUUAAUAUUAUUAUUAUUAUUAUUAUUAUUAUUAUUAUUAUUAUUAUUAUUAUUAUUAUUGUCGAGAAGCGUAAAAUCCCCAGUACCUGGAGAAUGGGGAAUUAAUCAGAUUUGAUCCACAGGAGGAUGAAGGGAGCUCCAAUUCCGAGAAUCAACAGCCCUUUACCACCAUUCAGUACAACCCUUUGAAGGGUGAACUCGAAAUAUGCAAUCAUAAACUAUAUGUCUGUGGUUAUCAUGUGCCUUUUACACGAAGGAAAUGCACAUAUACACUCUAGCCUAGUCGGUACAGUAUUGUCUCAAGUAACAGUAAUAAAAAUAAUAAUAAUCUUUCUUUAUAGAGAAGAGGAUAUUUACAUUUUAAAGAGUAAUAAAAUUUUGCACAAUGGUUCUGAGGGCAGCAUAGGUGUCUGACCCAAAUAACAAUGAUAUAUGUAGAUUUUGACACAUAAGAAUGAUAAUGUAGAUUUAAUCUAAGAUUCUAAGAUAAUGGGUUACUUUCCUGAUCUGGUGAAAUUAUGUCAAACAUUGAUGAAUAAACGCCAAAUAUUGUACUCACAUAAAAUUUAACCUGUGAAUAUAUUAUUAUUUUAUGGAGAAGCGCUAAACUCGUAGGAGAUACAUAAGUAGACUUGUGGAUGGCGUCCUCGGCUUUGCGAGAUAUGUGGGUAAGUGUCCUUACCUGUCCUGCCUCCUCGCCUAGCAGUUAAUAGGUACCCAAGUAUUAGUAGACUUGUGGGAGACAAUAUAUUAGCAAGAUAUACUUAAGACAACUAUCAGCAAGUGCCUUCCUCUCUUCUACAUCAGCCUUACAAUGCUCUGUGGCUGGGUUUAACCCCGGCUCUUUUUUUUAACAACUGAAGACAUUCCUGAGGUAUUCUCCGCCUGUCCCUACUUCCCCCAUCCCUUGUGGGUCUUACCUCUGAGUCUUCAGUUCAGUUCAGCAAGUGCUCUUGCUUUGUUUAGAUAUUUGAUAGACCCAACAUGACUCAAGAAAUCGUAAUGACACGAUUGCAAAUAAACCAUACCCCCGGCCGGGAUUGAACCCGCGUGGCUAGCUGGUCUAGUGGCUAACGCGAUGGGCUGGAGUUUUGAGACUCUAUGACCGCGGGUUCAAUCCCGGCCGGGGGUAUGGUUUAUUUGCAAUCGUGUCAUUACGAUUUCUUGAGUCAUGUUGACGGCAGUGAAGGGACUUGAGCUAGAGUUCGUCACGGCCACGCUAGCUGGAGAUUCGUCUGUAAAAACUUGCAUUUGUGGUCACAGAGGUGCCUGUACUAACUUUCCUAUGGUGUAGAAAUAUACCUAGUUGGAUGAAUCUUAUUGUGGCUAGCUGGUCUAGUGGCUAACGCGACGGGCUGGAGUUUUGAGACUCUAUGACCGCGGGUUCAAUCCCGGCCGGGGGUAUGGUUUGAUAGACCCAUUUUUGAAUAGUUUGAUAUAUUUAAAGCCUAUCUACUAGACAAGAGUAAUUUUCUCUAUCAUCUCAAACUCUUCAUCUUUCACAGUUCUUCUCUGUAUUGGACUAAAGAAGCCACUAGUUGGCGAAAUGUUUCCUAAGAUACCCAAAUGUUGCAUAAGUGUCUUAUUCUUACUUUGUAUAUACACUUAGAGAUAUACUUUGAUGAGAAAUAUAUUUCCUUGCUUAAGAGAUGUAUUAUACCCAGGGGCCAAAUGAAGAAAAAGUGUAUGGAACGCUUAGUAUAAUAUAAAAACUGACGGAAGAAAUUCUGUGAGGAAACUGAACUACCAAUGCUAAGAAGCGUCAGCCCCUCAGGGAAGGUUCCUUGAUGUUGGUGAGGGGCUCUUGAUUUAGGGAAUUGGAUCUGUGCUCCAGUUCCCCGAAUUAAGCCUGAAUACCUUCCACAUCCCUCCCCCCAGGCGCUGUAUAAUCCUAUGGGUUUAGCGCUUCCCCCUUGAUAAUAAAAUAAUAAUAAGAAGCGUCAGAUGAAAUAGGAUGUUAGGCUAUGUGGGCUGCUACUAGCAACAGUCUAGUUGACCCGGUAAUACAGUGAAGUCUAACCUCGAACUGGUCUUCCAGAGCUGAAGAAUAUUUUAAUAAGAGGAAAAUAAUUAUUUUUUUGAACGCUUUUAAAAUGUGAUAGUUAUUUUUUCAGUCUGUGAUGUUUUAAUAUGUGUUGCAGAGUCAGAUAUUCCAGAAAUAAAGUUUCGAAAUCUC